AUGAUUCAAAAAUUCACUUGUGUACCUAAAUCAAAUUACGACAUAACAAUAAUUUCAAAUGGGACGAUAUCUCAAAUUCAAUCAAAAUUACUUGAAAUUCAAUUUGAUAUUGAAAUUAAUCAAUGUUCAAACAUAACUUAUUUAAAUUCGAUCUCAAAUCUCAUUGGUUUUUUAAAAAGUAAGAAUGAUGGUGUGAAUGGUCUGAAUGGUCUGAAUGGUGUGAAUGGUCUGAAUGGUCUGAAUGGUGUGAAUGGUAUCUAUUAUGGUAAAUUCAUAUUUAUGUUUUUUAACAAUAUGGAAUAUAUUCAAAAAUUUUUAAUUGAAUGUAUUGAUUAUUAUCAUAAAGAGAAAUUGGGAAAGUUAGAUAAUGUUUAUUUUUAUUUUGAUUCCAGUGUAAUUGAUACUGAAGAUUUUCCAUUUGUUACUAUUGUUAACAUAAUUAAUGAUAUUAUUAAAAAGGUUAAUUUUCUAGUUAAUAAUAUUAAAAAUGUAUUUAUUGAUGAUUUACAAUUUGAUGGUGAGAGAAGAAUAUGUAUUCAGUACUUAAUUAGAAAUUAUCCAAAUAUUGAAAAAGUAAAUUUAUCAAGUCAUUCAAAUUUAUUAAUGAAUGAUAUGAUAUUUACUUAA